GGCCCCGCGCCCGCCCGAGCACGCGCCCCAGCACGUGACGCACGCGCACACCUCCAUAUGGCUCCAAGAUGGCCGACGCGGCGUCCGGUAGCUCCGGCACGAGGUCGGGCAGCAAGCAUGCAACCACCCCUGCAGAUAACUACUACCUGGCCCGGAGGAGGACCCUGCAAGUGGUGGUCAGCUCCUUGCUCACUGAAGCUGGCUUCGAGAGCGCUGAGAAGGCAGCGGUGGAGACGCUGACAGAGAUGUUACAGAGCUACAUCUCUGAAAUCGGCAGGAGUGCAAAGUCCUACUGCGAGCACACGGCCCGGACGCAGCCCACGCUGUCGGACAUCGUGGUGACCCUGGUGGAAAUGGGGUUCAACGUUGAGCUGCUUCCUGCGUACGCCAAGCGCUCCCAGCGGAUGGUCAUCACCGCCCCUCCUGUGACAAACCAGCCCGUGACUCCCAAAGCCCUGACGGCUGGGCAGAACAAGCCACAUCCCUCCCACAUUCCUGGCCACUUCCCUGAGUUUCCAGAUCCCCACACUUACAUCAAGACACCAACGUACCGGGAGCCGGUCUCUGACUACCAGGUGCUGCGGGAGAAGGCAGCGUCCCAGCGGCGCGACGUGGAGAGAGCCCUCACACGGUUCAUGGCCAAGACAGGGGAGACCCAGAGCCUCUUCAAGGAUGAUGUUAGCACAUUCCCAUUGAUUGCUGCCAGGCCUUUCACUGUGCCCUACCUGACAGCCCUGCUCCCCUCUGAGCUGGAGAUGCAGCAGAUGGAAGAGACAGACUCCUCUGAGCAAGACGAGCAGACCGACACUGAGAACCUGCCCCUGCACAUGGGCACGGAUGAUUCAGGAGCUGAGAAGGAGAAUGCUUCGGUGCUGCAGCAGAGCAGCUCCCUGCCGGGCAGCCGCAACGGGGAGGAGAAUGUGAUCGACAAUCCCUACCUGCGGCCCGUCAAGAAGCCCAAGAUCCGCAGGAAGAAGUGAGGGGCACCCAGCUGCCUGCCCAGAGCAACAGAGCCCUGGGGGCUCAGCCCCUCUGCUGUGUGAGCAGAGGCAUGGGGAGAGGCAGGAGAGGCAGACUGGCUGAGGGGCAGAAGCAGAAGGCUGAGCUCUGCCUGCCUAGCAGGCUGUGCUCUCCUCCUGGUUUGCAGUGCUCCCUCUUUUCCCCUCUGCUCUCCUGCUGCCUUGGAAUGGCCACUGGUUGACUGCCUGGAAAGCCUGGAAGGACCCUGGGUCACAGCUGGGACUUGUCUGCUUUGCUUUGGUUUGCUCUGACUGUCAGCAGGAUUUUACCCUCUGAGGAGAUGGAGGACACAGGAAGGUUCUCCUGCUCAGAGCUUCCCAGCAGGCUCUGCACAGCAGCAGGGCAGAGCUCAUCUGUGGCUGGCAGGCUGGAGAAGCAGCUCCUGCAGCCCACCCUGCCCAGCCUUAGCAUCUGAGCAGCUUGAAUUAAGAGAGACAGAGAGGUUUAAACCUUCCAGUGGGUUCUUGGCAGGUAAAGGCAAACAGCUUUGUCUUCUCCAAGGCAAGGCUGAUGUGUGCAGAGCAGAUGCAGAGCUGAGGCCCUGCUCC